AUGUAUGUCUUGGAUACUAAGCUUUCUAGGUUAAAAAAGGCCCUUGAUCCUUGGAGUAAGGAAACCUUCGGUAAUAUUUUUUCUAAGUUGCAAGAACUGGAAGAUAAGGUACAGGUGCUAGAAAAGGUGUUUCAACAAAAUCCUGAUGAUGAUAGGGCACUCAUUGACUAUAAGGAGAGUGUGGCCCUCUUGCAUAGACAGGUUUCCAUCGAGGAAGAAUACUGGCAGCAAAAGGCUCACAUGGUGGCCGUUCAGGAGGGUGAUAGGAACUCCAAGUUCUUUCACUCGAUGGUAAAAGAACGAAGGAGGAAACUCUAUAUUCAUAAGGUAAAAGAUGACACAGGACAAUGGAUUGAGGAUAGACAGGGGAUAGCACAAAAUGUUGUCUCCUUUUUUGAAGGGUUAUUCACUACGGAGGCAGGUACUUUUGAUUUGUCUAAACUUGAUUGUGUGCCGCGUCUAGUUACUGAUAUUGAUAAUGCUAUGCUUAUUGAUAUCCCCGAGGAAGAUGAGAUUAUAAAUGUUGUGUUUGCUAUGAAUUCUGAGAUUGUUAAGGGGGAUGUGGUUAAUAUGGUUAGGAGUUACUUCCUUGGUAGGGAGAUCACCAGGUCUAUUACUCACACCUCCAUUGUGUUAUUGCCCAAAAGAGCCAGCCCAGAGACAUUUGUUGAUUAUAGACCCAUUAGUUUGUGCAACUUUAGUAGUAAAAUUGUCACUAAGUUAAUGGGAAAGGAUGUAGUGCUGAAGCUAGACAUGGCUAAGGCCUAUGAUCGGGUUUCGUGGUUUUUCCUUGUUUCUGUGAUGCGUAGGAUGGGAUUUUCUGAAGUCUGGAUUGACUUGGUCUAUCGUGCGGUCUCAAAUGUGUGGUACUCUGUCAUUGUCAAUGGGGUCAAAGAGGGCUUCUUUACCUCGUCUCGUGGGUUGAGGCAAGGAGACCCAUUGUCCCCUAGUCUUUUUAUCAUUGCUGCAGAGAUCCUUUCUAUGUACAUUGCUCGAGUCCAUCUGGACGAGGGGGUCCCUAGGUUCUCUCAGCCUGCUGGUACCCCUCAUAUUCAUCACUUAGCUUACGCUGACGAUGUUAUUAUUUUUAGUACUGGGAGGCAGGGGACAAUCUGCAAAGUCAUACGCGCUUUAAAAGAUUAUGAGGAUAUUUCUGGCCAAAUGGUCAGUUUCCCUAAGAGUGCUUUUUAUAUGCAUCCUAACACUUUGGGUCCGGUUAUUCGUAGGAUUAGGGAUAUCACUAGAUGCAUUCAUAGGUCCUUCCCUUUCACUUAUCUUGGGUGUCCUAUUUAUGUGAAGAGGAAGAAGUGUGUCUAUUUUUCAUCUGUGGUGGACAAGGUUAAGGCCAAAUGCCUUGGGUGGCAACGUCGGUUGCUAUCCAAGGGGGGGAAAGCGGUUCUUAUUACUUCUGUUUUGCAGGCUAUCCCUUUACAUCUCUUUGCAGCUUGUGCUCCUAAAUAG